GUCGGCAGCCUCUACCCCGCACGCUCCAGGUCCAUGGAGGUCAUUAGCAUCUCCCGCUCUGAGAGGUCCAUCCUCUCGGAGAGCUCCUCAGGUCUCUUGCCUGCCGUCCAAGAAGGUUCUGAGGAAGCGCGCCUCGAGGAGUCCAAUCGCAUGGAUAGCUCGAACCCCAACUCUGCCCGCACGAACGGCGGGCGCACGUCCAGUUCAGGGCGGGACUCCACCUCUCCCCGGAGCCGGUCCAUCCAGUUCCAAGUCUUGGACGAGGAGGAUGAAGAUGACGCUCCAGGUGACCGGCAGGCCACGGAGGAGAAGGCGAUCACCUGGCGGAUUUUCACGCCUGAGCAGGCAGAGGUUGCCCAGAGCCGGGCCCCCAUCUUCGGCCAGCCGGUGCCCCCACGGAUGGCUUUGCCAGCACAUGCAACAGCCUGGUCAUUGACGCUGCCCCGGAACACCAGCGCCUCGCAGCGGAAGCUCUACCGACGCUCUGAGAUUGAGCCGGCGCCCGUCAUGAAUGUUCCAAUGUCCAUUGAGGUGAAGGCGUGUGCCGCGCGUGGUGUCACCAUGCCAGCACCAAUCACGGGCGGCCCAAGUGGCGCACAAAGCGUGCAGCUUCCACGCCAGCCCAUGCGGAGGCGAACGAGGGGAACGAACAGCGGACCAGUGGACUUCCGCAGCGUGGCACCCGUGCCGUCGAAGGCUGUGCCAUAUGGCUCCAGUCCAUGUCAAGAAGAUCUGGGAGAGCCCUUUCAUAGCUUGCCAUUUCUGGAAGUGCACCAGCGAAGUGCCAAAUGGGCAGCACAUCUGAAGGCCUUCCUGCGCGGAUACGAGAAACCUUCGCUGGCCAGACAAGCAGCUAAAAAGAGCUGCCCCGGCGGUACUCAGACCCGAAGCGUGGCUUUUCAAUCCAAUGACGAGUUGGAGCAACUGCUGAAGGCUGAACAAGCUCGCCAGCAGCAACGAAGCUGGAUCCCAGAUCUACGGCGAGCUGCCACUAUCGAUGACCUGGCGGCCAAUGAGAUCAACCGAGAUCGCCGCGGGGAGGAGGCCAUCACCUUGACCAGCGAUCUGAACCCUUUGUUCGCUGACGCCUUGGUGCGCUUCGGCGCCCUCCGAAACGAGGUCAUGGACCGGGCCCAGGAUCGCCGAGAGAAAGCGGAUCGCCUUCUCUCGCACAUGACCAACCAGGUUCGGUACGGCAUCAAAAAGAAAUUAAGGUCUGCCACAACUCCGCAGACGCUUCCAGAAGUGGAGGAGUCCUCUGACUCCACCGACGUCGAAGAGCUUGAAACGCAGCACCGGGAGAAGCGACUUCAGCGGAGGCGCUUACGCAAGUCGGUGGCGAAGUUUGACAGGUGGAUGGCGGACUAUUUACACCGGGAGGGCCUGAAGCCGGCACCGGCACCGCCCUGGCACUCCCGCGCCUCCCGGCCCAGCACCGCGCCCGCGGUGCGGCCAUCGGAGGUGGCCCGAGGAGGGCCACGGAGAAAACAGGAUGUCUUGAACUGA